UCCACGAUCACUUGACGGCCAUGGAAGCUACUAAGCAGAUGUAAGCUGAAAGGAAGUGACAGCCUUUGGCGCCGUUGAUUGGAUUCCACGCAUCUUUGCCCAAAUCGAGCCGUGGCAGCAUUCAGCCCCGGGUCGACUCCAUUGUACUUAUAUGAAACCAUUGAGCCCAUGGAACGAUUUUCAGCCUCGCAUAGUACCCUUUGUCGACUAUCAAGAAGACCUGGAUAUCGUUUCCCCUGCACGAACCCCCCAUAAAGACGCUGAAAUGUCGGUAACGCACAUCGUCCUCAUCCAUGCCGCACCCGAUGCCGACCAGGUGAAACUGGCAGAGGUAUUCACCGCCACCGAAGCCCUCAAAGACACAAGCGUAAAGGAUGGCAAGGGAUAUGUGAGAUCCGUCACGGCAGGAGUCCAGAAUAGCAAGUCGGGCAGGGGGGGCGGCAUCACACACGCCAUUGUCAUCGAGUUCGACAGCGCAGCCGAUCGCGACUACUUCGCCACCGACCCGGCGCACGACGAGGUGACGAGGAUGAUGCUGAAGAUCAUGCCGAGUGACAUUGCCACUGUGCAAGUCAUCGACUUUACUCCGGGCGUCUAUUGAACGUCAACUAGGGAAGGGAUGCGAAGAGGGCUCUAGAAGUGAUAUGUCAUUAGCAUCAAAUGUCAUUUUGGGGCAUGUAGUGGAUGUCGUUGCAGUCGUCGGUUU